GAUGGCACAAAAGAAAUAUCUUCAAGCAAAAUUGACCCAGUUUUUAAGGGAAGACAAGAUUCAACUUUGGAAACCUCCAUAUACGGAUGAAAAUAAAGAAGUUGGUUUGGCAUUAAAGGAUCUUGCUAAGAGGUAUUCUAACAAACUAGGAUGUUGUGAAGAUGAAGUAGAAAAGAUAAUAGAAGAAAUACGUUGCAAAGCAAUUGAGCGUGGAACAGGAAAUGAAAAUUACAAAACAACUGGAAUUGCUACAAUUGAGGUGUUUUUACCUUCAAGACUAAAAAAAGACAAGAAAAACAUUUUGGAGACCCGACUGCACAUCAGUGGCAGAGACCUCCGGUCAAAAAUAGCUGAAACCUUUGGAUUUCAAGAAAAUUACAUCAAGAUUGUCAUAAAUAAGAAACUGCUUCAACUAGGGAAAAGCCUGGAGGAGCAAGGAGUGACUCACAAUGUCAAGGCGAUGGUGCUGGAACUCAAGCAGUCUGAAGAAGAUGUGAAGAAGAACUCCCAGGAAGAGGAAGAGAAACAAAGUGAGGCCGAACUAAAAGAAAAGCGAAUUCAGAGGACAAAGAAAGGACUGGAGAUCCUGGCAAAGAGAGCUGAGAUGGUGGUGGACCCCGAAACUACACCCUACCUAGACAUAGCGAACCAAACAGGCAGAUCCAUCCGAAUCCCCCCGUCACAGAAGAAGGCCCUUAUGUUAGCUAUGGGAUAUCAUGAGAAGGGCAGAGCUUUCCUGAAAAGAAAAGAAUAUGGAAUAGCCUUGCCAUGCCUUUUGGAUGCUGACAGAUAUUUCUGUGAGUGCAGUCGAGAGCUGUUGGACAUCGUGGAUAACUAUGCCGUGCUCCAGCUGGACAUCGUGUGGUGCUACUUCAGCUUAGAGCAACUGGAAUGCCUUGAUGAUGCAGAAAAAAAGCUCAAUUUGGCGCAAAAAUGCUUGAAAAAUUGUUAUGGAGAAAAUCAUCAGCGACUGGUCCACAUAAAAGGAAAUUGUGGGAAAGAGAAAGUGUUGUUUUUAAGACUUUACUUGCUUCAAGGGAUCCGAAACUAUCACAGUGGAAAUGGAGAAGAGGCCCAUGAGUAUCUCAAUAAGGCACGACUGCUCUUCAAAGAGUUGCAUAUCGACCCCUCAAAAGUGCACAGCCUGAUGCAGCUGGGGUUCACACCUCAGGAAGCCCGGCUCGCCCUGCGCGCCUGUGAUGGCAACGUGGACCAUGCAGCCAUUCACAUCUCCAACCGAAGAGAGGAGCUGGCCCAGAUGAGGCAAGAAGAGAGGGAGAAGAAGCGGCGCCGCAUGGAGAACAUCAACUCUUUGAAAGGCAUGGGCUACUCCGCACGUGCUGCCAGGCAGGCCCUGCAUCAGGCUGGUGGGAACCUGGACGAAGCACUGAAGAUCCUCCUCAGUAACCCUCAUAUGUGGUGGCUGAAUGACACGACUCCCGACCCCAGCAGCUGCCGCGAGAGUCCUUCCCAGGAGGGCAUUGACCAACUGGUGUACAUGGGCUUUGACUCGGCAGUGGCUGAAGCUGCACUGAGAGUGUUCAGGGGCAGCGUUCAGCUGGCAGCACAGACCCUCGCUCACCAUGGCGGCAGCCUCCCUCCUGACCUGCAGCUGUCGGAGGAGGACUCCUCGUCCACACCGUCCAUGUCCCCUUCAGACUCUGCAGGGACCUCCAGUGCCUCGACAGAUGAGGACAUAGAGACAGAGGCUGUCAAUGAGAUCCUGGAAGACAUUCCUGAGCAUGAGGAAGAUUAUCUCGACUCUACUCUGGAAGAUGAGGAAAUCAUCAUUGCAGAGUACUUAUCCUAUGUAGAAAAUAUAAAGUCAGCAACCAACUGAGCUGUGAACAGGAAUAAGUACAUUUCUGCGCAUAAAUUCUGUCAUGAAAAGUGCAGCACAGGUCUUUUCUUCUUGCUGUCCUCUGAUGCUGCUCGUGCAUACUUCCUCCUCACAGUAGGAGAGGCAGGCAGGGUACCCCACAGGGAUGAGAGGUUUGCUUGGGCAAACCCUCUGGUCCAGCCCUGCUCUUCCCAUCUGUCCCAGCUUCUGUGCCCCUCACUCUGCCUGCCUGCUUGGAUUCCCACCCAGCAAUGGGGAGCUGGCUCUCUGAUCUGAAGGCCUGGUGGCCCUGGGGAAGGUUUCCGGGGGUGGGGUGCAGGUAGGGGCACGCAGACCUGGCUGCCCCCCUUCCAGUCUCACAGCCUUGUGCCUAGCUUUCUCCCCCACCUGCUGUGGAAAUCCUGUUGUCCCACCUGUGAUGCUAGCUAUACUGGAGCCGCUGUCCCCCAACCCGAACCACCACAGUUGUACCUUAGGUCUUCAUUCCAGCUGCUGUGGGGUAUAAAGAUGUGCCAUGGGCCUUUCUCCUGAAAUGCUGAUGCUUUCUGCAUAGUUGGUAGAAUAUGCACUUGAAAUUCAAGGUUGAGGUUCAGAUUUCAUAUGCAUCCAGAAUGCUUCACACAGUCUUUUAUUAAAUGUGAAAGUUUUAAAGCUAACCAAAACAGCUUACAGUUUUUAUUUUUAUUUUUUGGUACUGGGGAUUGAACUUUGGGACCUUUGCGCUUUCGAGGCAGGCAGUGGCACCACUGAGCUAAAUCCCCAGUCCAGCAGCUUAUAAUUUUGAAUGAACAUUUUUAGACUGCUGUCCUAGGAACGCACUGCUGGGAUCUAUCAGAUUUAGACAUAUUUUCUCCCCGUUUGGGAUGAGGAUUUUUCUGACAAGAUGGUUCCCAAAGGGAACAAAGCAGUCAGCUUUGUAUGGCUCAAAUAACUUUCCCCUUGGAUGUGUGUUAGAUGAGCGCCUGCCCAGUGCCCUGCCAGCCACAUGUGGAGUGGACCAAGUGCCGAGUGUUCCCGAGACCCUUGCUUUCUGGAAGCCCCUGGACGCUCCUCUGAUUGAAGGCAGGGUGGGUUGUGCACCACUUUUGGGAACCCACUUGCAGUGUUGCGAUUUUUGCAGUGACAACAACCCAUAUGGGAGAUGAGCAGGAAUCUUAUCUUUUAAAGUGGAUGAUGAUGAUGGAAA